UAUGGAACCAUACGCGUUCUCUCGGUGUUACUUCACAUUUGUUAAGAAUUCAGAAGUGCUAGAAUUUAGCCGUAAAUGGAAUGGUUACCGAUUUACAGAUUCCAAUGGUAACCAUUCAAUAGCUAUGGUGGAACUGACGGCAAAUGAUCGUAUUCCACGUAAGCCAAGAAGUGAUGUCGCUAAGGAUCCAAAAUGUGGCACUAUAGAAAAUGAAGUUGAAUACAAGCAGUUUAUGCAUGAUUUGGAAGUAGAGUACGAAAUGGCUAGGCUCUCACUCGAUGAACAGUUGCUGCAUGCUCAGCAGCUCAGACUGGAUGCUAAAGCUUCUGCGGUACAGCCCACUCCACUUACUCAGUACAUAAUCAAGGAAAUGGAGGCAAAAGCACUUCGUAAAGCGGAAAGACGUCGCGCGGGUCGAUCUGGCUUUGAUCGCUAUGAGGCUUCCAACGCUGAGCGGAAGGGAGGUGUCCUUGAAAUUAAAAAUAGUUCUCGUGGGUGGGGUCCGAGAUCCUCUCGGACCAGCGCUUUGGAUGAGAAAGAGAAAGGGAGGGGUGAAAGUGGUGGCAAGGAUGCAGCAAAAGAUAAAGAAGCCAAAGACGAUGAGGAUCCUGCCGAUCAUCUGGCUAGACUGUUUGCGAAUGCUAAGAAAGUACCAGCUAAUGAACUGAGGGAGAAAAAGGCACCUUCUGGAAAGUUCGAUAAACAGUCGUUG